AUGGCCGCCAACGGUGUGCCCGCUGCUUCCAAGAAGCGCAGGAUUGGUGUUAUGACCAGCGGAGGCGACUCUCCUGGCAUGAAUGGCGCUGUGCGAGCUGUUGUUCGUAUGUCAAUUCACAUGGGCUGCGAGUCCUAUGCGAUCUAUGAAGGCUAUGAAGGGUUGGUGCAGGGCGGGGAUCUGAUCAAAGAGAUGCACUGGGAAGACGUGAGAGGAUACUUGUCUCGAGGAGGAACGCUCAUUGGCACCGCACGGUGCAUGCCGUUCAUGGAGAGAUGGGGCCGCCUGAAAGCAGCCAAAAACAUGGUUGACCGCGGCAUUGAUGCCCUUGUCAUCUGCGGUGGUGACGGUAGCUUGACUGGGGCUGACAAGUUCAGAGCAGAAUGGCCGAGCCUCCUUGCAGAGCUGGUGGAAACUGGAGAGCUGACCCAGGCAGAAGUUGAACCCUACCAGCACCUGAAUAUCGUCGGUCUAGUUGGCUCCAUUGACAACGACAUGUCUGGCACUGAUGCCACCAUUGGUUGCUAUUCCUCCCUGGAGCGUAUCUGCUCCGCGGUCGACGACGUUUUCGACACUGCCGCCUCCCACCAACGCGGGUUCGUGAUCGAAGUCAUGGGACGACAUUGUGGCUGGCUGGCACUUAUGGCAUCCAUAGCCACAGGCUCAGACUUUGUGUUUAUCCCAGAGAAGCCUCCACGGGUCGGUUGGGAAGAUCAGAUGUGUGACAUCAUCGCUACUCACAGAAAGAGAGGCAAGAGGAGGUCGAUUGUCAUCAUCGCAGAGGGUGCCCAUGACCGAGAACUAAACAGGAUUACAGCAAACCAAGUCAAAGAUCUUCUAACACAAAAGCUCAAGCUAGACACACGAGUCACCGUUCUGGGGCACACACAACGAGGCGGACAUGCCUGUUUCUACGACCGUUGGUUGUCGACACUGCAAGGCGUGGAAGCGGUGAAAGCGGUCCUGGAUGCUACCCCAGACACACCCAGCCCAGUCAUAACUAUCAGAGAAAACAAGAUUGAGCGAUCUAACCUGAUGGAAACAGUGGCCUUGACCAAGUCGGUCAGUGCUGCUAUCGCCGCCAAGGACUUUGACAAGGCGAUGCAGCUGCGAGACGUCGAAUUCAAAGAGUACUAUAACAGUUAUGUCAUCACCACUUCCACAGACCACCCUGCCCUACGCCUACCCGAGGAAAGGAGGAUGAGAAUCGCAAUCAUCCACGUCGGAGCUCCUGCCGGAGGUAUGAAUCCAGCUACCCGCGCUGCUGUGGCAUACUGUUUGACCCGAGGGCACACUCCAAUCGCAAUCCACAAUGGCUUUCCAGGUCUGCAACGCCACCACGACGACAAGCCGCUUGGAUCUGUGCGUGAGUGCAAGUGGAUUGAUGUGGAUCCAUGGGUUAACGAGGGUGGCUCUGAGAUUGGUACCAAUCGUGGUCUACCAAGUGCGGACAUGAAGAAAACAGCAGAAUGCUUUGGGCUGUAUAAGUUUGACGCGCUAUUUCUCAUUGGCGGGUUCGAGGCAUUUACCGCAGCAAGUGAGCUGAGAAAGGCGCGAGACCAAUACGACGUCUUCAAGAUCCCUCUGGUUGUGCUGCCAGCGACCGUAUCAAACAAUGUCCCAGGCACUGAAUAUUCCAUUGGCAGCGACACGUGCUUGAAUACGCUGAUUCAAUUCUGCGAUGCUAUUCGACAAUCUGCUUCAUCUUCGAGACGACGGGUGUUCGUCAUCGAGACUCAAGGUGGUCGAUCGGGUUAUCUGGCCACGAUGGCAGGUCUCUCGGUCGGUGCACUCGCGGUGUAUAUUCCUGAAGAAGGGAUCAAUAUCCAUAUGAUUGCCAGGGAUAUUGAGUUCCUACGCGAGAACUUCAAGAAUGAUCAAGGAGCAUCGAGAGCGGGUAAAAUCAUCCUUCGAAAUGAGAGGGCCAGCACUACAUACACAACACAGUUCAUUGCCGAUAUGAUCAAAGAGGAAGCCCGAGGCCGGUUCGAGUCCCGAGCAGCCGUACCUGGUCAUUAUCAACAGGGUGGCAAGCCUUCGCCUAUGGAUCGAAUCCGUGCCCUCCGAAUGGCAAUCAAGUGUAUGCAACAUAUCGAGGACCGGUUUACCGGCAAGUCCAAAGACUGGAUCGCCGAUGACCCGUUGUCUGCAGCAGUCAUAGGUAUCCAAGGAUCUGAAGUUGUCUUCACUCCAAUGGGCGGCGAAACGGGACUCGAGGCUAUGGGAACCGAUUGGGAGGAUCGGAGACCCAAGGAUGAAUUCUGGCUGUCUAUGAAGGAGACGGUGGAUAUCCUCAGUGGGCGGCCCAAGCUUUCGGACUGCUGCGAGGAGUGUGGGAAGCCGUUGUCUGGCGAGACUCUGAAGCGUCCUAUCUCAAACCAGCCAUAA